AGAGUCAAUGUUAGAGCCAAGCAAAUACGUGCUGUGUCACAGUCCUCUGUAUGAAGGGACGAUCAUCCAACUUUUUAAGUGGAAAGAAGACCUAAUCCUUACCGCCAGAGCCAUCGAAGCCUGCAAAAUUUCAGGAUGGAUUUCCCACACCAGGCAGUUUACUUCCUGUUCUUCUUUGCUAUGGUGAGCAGUGAGUGCGUGACUCAGUUUUAUGAAAACACCUUCUUCAGAGGAGGAGAUGUGGAUGCAGUGCACACUCCAACUGCUGAGCACUGCCAGAGAGUAUGCACCUUCCACCCCACGUGCAUACUGUUUAGCUUUCUACCGGCGAACGCCAUUGGUGAUGAGAACAAAAGGUUUGGUUGCUUUUUAAAAGACAGUGUUACCGGGACUCUUCCAAGAAUGACUAAGACAAAUGCAAUUUCUGGGCAUUCUUUAAAACAAUGUAUUUACCAAAAAAGUGCUUGUAGCAAGGAAAAGUAUGUCGGACUUGAUAUGAGAGGGGUGAAUGUCAAUAGAACCAAGGUGAACAGUGUUGAAGAGUGUCAAAAACAAUGUACCAGCCAUGCCCUCUGCCAAUUUUACACGUAUGCCAUGCAGACAUUCCACAGUCCCGAGGAUCGAAACACAUGUCUGCUGAAGCACAGCCAGUCAGGAUUCCCCUACAACAUCAAAGUGAUAGAUGGCUUGGUGUCAGGAUUCUCCCUGAAGCUCUGUGGACUUUCUAAUACGGGUUGCCAAAGGGAUAUUUUUCAACAUAUGUCAUUUUCCGGUCAAGACGUUGGCAGAGAGAUCGCUCCAGACUCUAAUGUAUGCCGUACUAUUUGUACCUAUCAUUCAAAUUGCUUAUUUUUUACAUUCUAUGAAAACACAUGGCACAUAGGAUCACAAAGAAAUAUGUGUUUUCUCAAGACAUCAAACAAUGGAAAACCAAGCUCCAGAAUACCACAAGUCAACGCCACCUCAGGAUAUAGUCUUCUAGGCUGCAAAGAUUUGCCUGACCGGUGCCAUAGACAGUGGUAUUCUGGUGUGGACUUUGAAGGGGAUGAGUUGGAAGUUGUCUAUGUUCAAGGAGCUGAGGCUUGUGAAAAAAUCUGUACAAACAAAAUCCGCUGUCAGUUUUUCACAUAUACACCCCACCAAGGAGAAUGCAAGGAAGACAAGUGUAAGUGUUCCUUAAAAAUGUCUUCAAAUGGUUCUCCAACUAGAAUAGUCUAUGGGACAAAAGCUACGUCUGGUUAUACUUUAAGAAUGUGUAAAUCGCCAAGCAUUUCUGUCUGCUCAAAGACAGUAAGAUCAAGGGUAGUUGGAGGCAUGCGAUCUGCUCCCCAAGAGUGGCCGUGGCAAGCCUCCUUACAAGUCAAACUGAGAACACGGAGUCAUGUGUGUGGAGGCUCAGUCAUCGCGAAUCAGUGGGUCGUAACGGCGGCCCAUUGCUUUGAUGACUUACCAUCAUCUGAUAUUUGGAGAAUUUAUACGGGCAUUUUAAAUCAGUCAGAAAUCCAGGCAGCCACACCUUUCUCCAGGGCUAAAAGGAUUAUUAUCCACCCUCAGUAUAAAAUUUCAGAAACGAAACAUGAUAUUGCCUUAAUCAAGCUUGAAACUCCCAUGAAUUUCACUGAUUUCCAAUCAGCUAUCUGCCUGCCUUCAAAAGAAGACAUGGCUUAUACCAACUGCUGGGUGACUGGAUGGGGCUUCACUCAGGAAAAAGGUGAAAUCCAAAACACUCUCCAGAAGGUUAAACUUCCCAUAGUCCCCAUUGAAGAAUGUCGGGAAAAAUACAUUCAACAUGAAAUAACUGAUCAGAUGAUCUGUGCUGGCUAUAAAGAAGGGGGUAAAGAUGCUUGUAAGGGAGAUUCUGGUGGCCCCCUGUCCUGUUACCAAAAUGGAAUAUGGCAACUCGUUGGCAUCACCAGCUGGGGAGAGGGUUGUGCUAAAAAGGAUCACCCGGGAGUUUAUACCAAAGUGGUUACAUACGCAGACUGGAUUUUAGAGAUGACACAGAACUGACCAAUGUCCCUCGAUGAAGCUGGCUGCUUGUGAAUGGAACACUGAAGUGGCUUCAGUCAAGAAUACCAGAUGAACUAAAAGGUCUGAAUAAUCCACAGACAGAAAAACAAUCAGAAACUGAAGAAUCAAGAGUUGGCUACAGGAGCAAUUAACUCUGGCAAAACGAACAGGAAUCUUGGAAGUUACAAUAAAUCAAGAACAAGAUGCUGCUGUCUCAGUCUGUAAUUGAGAUCUGGAACUUUGACCUACAUUGUUUUUCAAUUAAAAAAAAAUUAAAGA